GACAAAACCGGAAAAGAGCCGUUCGACCCCGGACUUCCCGAAACCUGCCGCGCGUUGAAACCGAGUCCGAACCUGGAUUUUACUUUGAAAGAAUCAGCGCGAGGGAAGGUAGGAGUUUUUGUGGCGCGAGCUAGAAGUUGAUCGGACAUGUGGCCGCGCGCGACCAGUAUGGAGGAUGAUGAACUUCCGUCAGAGGAUGGGCUGGGUGGCCGUGGCUCUCUUCCUGCUGCUCAGCGUCAUGGCGGCCUACUACGUCUUUGAGGUCAUCAGUCUGGAGCGGGUACAGAGAGACGGCAUCGACUCAUUGGCUCUGCCUCCGGCUGUCUCCGCCCACCUGCCGCCAUUUUCUCUGUGGGUGUGGGCGCUCGUCUUCUUGGUGCCGUACCUGCAGCUCUUCCUCUUCCUGUUUUCAUGCACCAGGACAGAUCCCCACGCCGUUGGAUACUGCGUACUUCCUGUCUGCAUCUUCCUGCUGUGCAUUCGACGUGGUGCAGCCAAACCGACCAAUCACAGAGCUGGAUUGCUCAUUCACAUGUAGAGACCAAUGAACAGGUGUGAUGUCACUUCCUGUGGCUGUAAACAAACAGGACAGACUGUCAGGAGCCGCCUGCAGCCGUCAGUCCCUGACCAAUCAGAGGGCAGCAUCUUCUGUUUGUUAUUCUGUAUUUAAAGACAUGACACGCUGGUUACCAUGGCAACUUUAAUAUGACACCAAUAAAGUAACAAAUGAUGUUUCACA